CAUACACAAAUUCAGAAUAAUGUAUACACAUAAUAAUCAGAGUAAUUUGCUAUAGCCGUUUUUUUUAUUAAAGAAUAUAUUCUUUUUCAUUGAAUCACGAAUGAGUAAAUUGUUGUCUUCAACACUUUAAAUUUUCAAAUUGUCUUUACUUGGUUGCGAAAAUUUACAAUAGUAUAGAAAGUAAAUGCUACGGUGAAAUUUUGACGUCACAAAAGCAAAAUGUCAGACAUCGAUAAAUGGAUAGAUAUUGCUAAAGAAUGCAAAUACUUACCUGAAAAUGAUCUCAAGAAACUUUGUGACAUUGUUUGUGAUUUACUGCUAGAGGAGUCCAAUAUUCAACCAGUUUCUACACCUGUAACCGUCUGUGGAGAUAUUCAUGGCCAGUUUUACGAUCUGGAGGAACUUUUCCGAAAUGGAGGUCCCAUUCCCGAUACAAAUUACAUAUUUAUGGGAGAUUUUGUGGACCGAGGGUAUUACAGUUUAGAAACUUUUACUCGUCUUUUGACAUUAAAGGCAAAAUGGUCCAACAGAAUAACUUUAUUGCGAGGAAAUCACGAGUCUCGCCAAAUUACGCACGUUUAUGGAUUUUAUGACGAGUGUCAAAAUAAAUAUGGAAAUGCGAAUGCAUGGAAAUAUUGCUGUAGGGUAUUUGAUCUGCUCACAAUUGCUGCCUUAAUCGAUGAACAAGUUCUAUGUGUACACGGUGGUUUAUCUCCAUUAAUUAGGACAUUAGAUCAAAUUAGAACGAUUGAAAGAAAUCAGGAAAUACCGCAUAGAGGUGCAUUUUGUGAUUUGGUUUGGUCAGAUCCUGAUGACGUUGACACGUGGACUGUGAGCCCACGUGGAGCGGGUUGGCUCUUUGGGAGUAAGGCAACUCACAUGUUCACGGAAAUUAAUGACCUGAAAUUAAUUUGUAGAGCGCAUCAAUUAGUCCAAGAAGGUUAUAGGUACAUGUUCAAUGAUAAAUUAAUAACAGUGUGGUCAGCGCCGAAUUAUUGUUAUCGUUGCGGUAAUAUUGCGAGUAUAUUGCAAUUCACAACAGUGGACGAUAGAAAACCGGUGCUAUUUCAAGCGGUGCCAGAUUCGGAGCGUGUGAUUCCUCCAAUAAUCACCACACCAUAUUUUUUGUGAUUCAACAAUCGACUCCACAUGUUUGGAUCAAGAAGAGAGGGCCUGAUCUAAACUUUAUGGAGUUAACAUGACUGUUUUCGUGAUCUGGUGAAUCCGGCAGGUUAAAUUUUCCAAAUGACGUACCGCAGUUUUAUGAUAAAAAAAAAAUAUAUUAUAGAAUCUUUAUGUUUCCCUUGGAAAAAAAAUUAAUUGGAUUCCAAGGUUUGGCGAGCGAUUUUCGGCGGGAACGACUUAAUCAUGAGAUUACUUAUUGAGCUUACGUUCCAAAGGACCUUUUUAAAAUGAACACUUGAAAAGAAGGCUGAACCUCCUUUUUUUUUUAUUUUUAUCGCGAUAAAUCUGUUGCGAUUAGUCCAAUCAUUUUUUAAAUGUGUGGCAGGUUUUGUCGUGCGCAUGCAAAAUUUAAAAACGCUCUGUGGUCUAGAUGCUUUAGCUGCCUCAACACGUUUUUUACGAAACAUUUACAACUCGGGAAUUUCUUUUCUACUCUUUUUAAAACAUUCGAAACUUUUUGACGAAACUCCUGACAAGUUUAUUAAGGCAAAAAAAAAACAUUCCGUGAAAAACUCGAGAUGUAAAUGUUACCAGUGCUGUAAAAAAAAGCGUUUGGAAUUCAGGUUUCUCCAAUCGGGAGCAUUUUUAGAAAAUAAAUAAUAAGGUCUUCCUAAUAACGCAAAACUUUUUCCGCUUUUCUCAAGUUUUGAUCUUUUAUUCUCCAAAAACGUCCCUAGUCUUAAAUGAAUUAAAAUAUUUGUCUAGUUAGAACAACUAAUUUUAGUCAAAAAGGCUGAAAAUUGAAAAUAAAUUUUUACUUUUUUAGUCUUAGCAAACUAUACACAGUUCAUUAUCGACAAAAAGUUUUUUUUAUUCAAAAUAAUAAAUUACUUGAUUAUAAUCAAAUAAAUAAAUCACGAGCCAUAUAAUUUUUUAUUUAAAUACAAGAAAUAUUUAAUUAUUUACAAUUUGCUUAAUAAUCGAGUGAAAAAUUUGAAAAAGAAAAUUUUAUUUGUCGUGUCCGGGGGGAGCAACUUUUCAGUAACAAAAAAAAAGCACCGAAACCCUUAGCAAAUGUGCCUCUAAAUUAAUAAGCGUUUGUGUAAUAUAGCGUUACUGGUAAUAUUUAAUAAAAACGUGAGAAGAAUUAGUGAAACCUGAAUUUUAAACGCUGACAACGCAUUUCCAUGUCCCGAUCACAGACCCAAUUUUUCGAUUAUUCGUCACUAGGAACAAUAAUCGAAGAGAAAAACCUUGAACCUGCUCUAUUUUCAAUUUUGUGAUAUGGAUUGUGCUGAGUCUUGAAAAUCGAGAAAAUUCUAUUAUCAAACUCUGUGUGCAAAUUUGAAAAAAAAAACAUUUUUUUCUCUUCAAUUUUCAAACCCCUGAACAGUGCCUUCAAAUGUAUAAGACGGCAAUUUUAAAAUAACGUUUUAUACCAAUAGAUUUGUGAUCGAGAGGUUGAAAAAAACCGCACUUGUUUUUUGUCAUGCUUCCUAUUUUUUUAUUUUGCAAAUAAUGUAACAAUCGCUGGUACGAGAAAUUUUUGUAUUUUUAUUUUCAUAGAUAAUAUUUCAACUAAGUUUAUAAAAUUUCCAAAACAAAAAUUUCGCUAGAUUUCUAUUUUUGUGAGAAAGAAUUUUUUUUCUACGUGGUGCCAAUAAGAAAUUACAACACGUGCGAUUUUUUUUCUU